AUGUUGUCCAGGUCUUCAGCAUCAGGCGCCAGUCGGACACAAUCGCGCGAACUAUUUCGCACUUUUGCCCCCCCUUCUGGAUCGCGACAGCUCCGUGGACCUGCCAACCGUUUGACACCUACACAGCAACGCAGUCUUGUCCAAAAAGCUUUGCCUUUGGUCGCGUCUAACAGUUUUGCGCACCGAAGAAAUACUUCCGAAUAUGCGGCAUCACAAUGUCGGCCUCAGCGGAGGUUUGUGUCAGGCCCAGCAUCUGCCGACUCGCCACCUCAACCCAGCCAAUCCAUCGAACCGGAUGAUAUCAAUACCCUGAUCGAUCGAAUCGGCGAAAAUGAGGCGGAAAUGGUACAACUACUUGAAGAGCUGGAAAUUAUGGGCGAAGAGGACGAAGAAGGACACGAGCUCAUCGACCUGAUGGGCCAGCGAGACGAACACACCGCAGAGUCAUGGGUACACAUGAUCAAACAGCGCUUUAGAGAUGAGGUGCCGGAGGGGUUGUUGGAUGAUGCUGAGCUUCAAAUCUACGCCCGCCUCUAUGGAGAACCAAUCAUUCGGCAGGAAGUUGAGUUAAUGGUCGAGGAGGAAGAGGAAGAUCUGAGCUUACUCCGCGAAGAUGGACAAGGAGGAUGGGAGGAAGUCGAUCUAGAAGAAAGCGCCGCUGCCGAGGAUGAUGUUCCACUCGCCUAUGAUAUGAAUGUUUCCCUGGAAGAGCGGGAAACAAUUGCCAUGCAACGGACCAGAGAAGUGGCAGAGCAAUUGGGUGGCGAGAUCAUGCUCGAGGAAUUCGAAAACGAGGCAGUUCCUGACUCUGCUCCAAGAAUGCAUCCGCUCACCCUGGAGGGCAAAUUCGGAACUGAUCCUACAACUAUCCAUCUGCCCAAGAAUGUCACGGGUCCCAUAUCAGUCAUCCUGUCAGAAUUCUCCAACAAGCACAUUUCCGAGACUGCUCGACGUCUAUUCGGAGGACCAGGAUUGCCCCAUUCGAUUACAACGGCACCUCCGCGUGCCCAAUUACCACAGCUUCCUGUCGCUCUUCAGGCUUCGCAGCGUCAAAUGGGAGAAAUGGAGGCCAACGCAUACUUGGCAGCCUUGUACCCUGGAAUCUACGCAUCGACACUUAGUGUUAUGGUUGAGAUUCGCAAGCGAUUGGGUGUCGAUUGGAUCCGCCGUCUCAUCGCACAAGAGGGUGGGCCAAACGUUCUUGAUGCCAGCGGUGGUGGUGCCGGCAUCCUGGCCUGGAGAGAUGUCAUCCGCGCAGAAUGGGAGCUCAUGGUUCCCGAUCAUCCCGCGGGAGCACCCAUUCCCUUUGGGAGAUCAACUGUGCUGACAGGCUCCGAUUCCCUUCGACUGCGCGCUGCUGCCAUUCUGGAAAACACCACCUUCCUCCCACGGCUACCUGAUUACGUCCAUGUGCGCGGGAAGCCUACAAUCGAUGACUCGCGGAAUGCCCCUAAGCGCAAGCAGUACGAUAUCAUCAUCGCACCGCACUCUCUCCUCGGCCUUGAAGAAGAAUAUGAGCGUAAGCAGCACGUGGAGAACCUGUGGUCUCUUCUGAACCCCAACGGCGGUAUUCUCAUUCUGCUCGAGAAGGGUCGCCAGAAGGGCUUCGAGGCUAUCUCUGGUGCUCGUGAAAUGCUCUUGAAGCGCUAUAUUGCAAGUCCUGGCUCUACCGAAUUUGACAACUUCCUCGAAGACCCCGACCAACGCGAGGUCAUUGAGAAGGAGCGUGGAAUGAUCGUUGCUCCCUGUACCAACCACUCGACCUGCCCGAUGCACAAUUCCUCGGGUGCUACCAAGGGCCGUAGGGACUACUGCCAUUUCGAGCAGCGAUACAUUCGCCCUCCAUUCCUGCAGCGCAUCAUGGGAGCGAAAGACCGCAACCACGAAGAUCUCAAAUUCAGCUACCUCGCUGUGCAGCGUGGCGUAGACCUACGACAAGACCAAGCAGUUCGCCAAGGUCCUGAGGCUACAGAUUCCGCGUUCGAAGGAUAUGAGGACCCCGAGGAGUCUGAUAUCCCCAACAAACCAGCCUUCCACGCUCUAGCUCUCCCCCGUGCCAUCUACCCACCCAUGAAACGCCGCGGCCAUGUCAUCUUCGAUCUCUGCACGCCCGCCGGCAAAAUCGAGCGCUGGACCGUCCCGCGCUCUUACAGCCGCCAGGCCUACCGCGACGCCCGCAAGUCUCAUUGGGGAGACCUGUGGGCUCUGGGAGCCAAGACCCGUGUCCCGCGCAACCUGAACCUUGGCGAUAAGCAUGGCGAGGGUAAGAAGGAGCGUCUGGCUCACCGUGCGGCGACCAAGGAUUCUAUGCGUGACGCCGAGGAAGAGGGUGACUUUGAGAAUGAAGGAGAAGAGGAAGAUGAAGACUAUGCAGUUGAUGACUCGGAUAUUCCUGAUGUCCCUGUCAAGAAGAGGGGCCAGAAUAUCCCCAGUUGGAAGAAGCAUAAUGAUAAAAAGAAGCUUCGUCAGGCUUACAACAAGCGUGCUGCCGACGAAUAA